UAAAUUCACACUAACUAGCUGCAGCCACACUGUCGUUUAUAUCGAUAUUUAUAAAAUACGAUACAUUUCAUUUUCGAGCAGAAAACGCUCACCCGGCAGCGGUAAUUGUGGAGCGAUAGAAACGCCAGCGCCAUGCCCAUAGACAUAGACGCACGACGACCAAGUGCCAAAAGCGAGAACAGAGCGUGAGCGACUGCCAGGAGCAGGAUCCGGAUCCGGAGUCCAUCCGCUAGUCAAGAGAGCGAGUGCCAAGCCAAGUUGCAUUUAGAUUGAGCUUCGACCAACCCAUCCCACGGCGAAAUGGGCAACAAGAACUCGUGCUGUGCGUAUUCCAGUCCGCAGUCGGACCGCAAGUCCAAGGACCUGCCGCCGGUGUUCGAGGAGCGCCACCAGCUGAGCCAUCCGCCGCACACGUCGCAGCACCAGCUGGACGGUCAUCAUGGGUCCACGUCGGCGGUGCACCUGCACCACCACCACCAUGGCCAUCACCAGCAGCAGAAUCAGCAAGGCGGCGGCGACAACUUCGAGAACCAGCAGAAUCUGCAGCACAUCUCCGAGCGAGAGGCGACGGAGGGCGAGGAGGAUCCCUCGGUGGACCCCACGGCGGCCACCAUGUUCCUGGAGCGAUCCAAGGUGGAGAACGGCGGCAUGACACGCAAGCGUUCGCAGCAGCAGAUCGCCCAGCAGGUGGGAAGCGGAGGAGGAGGCAGCACUCCCGGCGGAAAUAGUUGCGGCGGAGGCGGCGGCAUGAAGAAGAGCUCCUCCUGCUCGACUAUUUAUCUGGACGACAGCACCGUGUCGCAGCCGAAUCUGAAGAACACGGUCAAGUGCGUAUCGCUGGCCAUUUACUAUCACAUCAAGAACCGGCAGUCGGACCGGCGACUGGACAUCUUCGAUGAGAAACUGCACCCUCUGACCCACGACCAGGUACCGGAGAACUACGACACGCACAACCCGGAGCACCGGCAGAUCUACAAGUUCGUGCGCACGCUCUUCAACGCUGCCCAGCUGACGGCCGAGUGUGCGAUCAUCACGCUAGUCUACCUGGAGCGGCUGCUUACCUACGCCGAGCUCGACGUGGGUCCCUGCAACUGGAAGCGAAUGGUGUUGGGUGCAAUACUGCUCGCCUCGAAAGUGUGGGACGACCAGGCCGUUUGGAAUGUGGAUUACUGCCAGAUACUCAAAGACAUCACCGUGGAGGACAUGAACGAGUUGGAGCGGCAGUUCCUCGAGCUGCUGCAGUUCAACAUCAACGUGCCGUCCUCGGUGUACGCCAAAUACUACUUCGACCUGCGGACGCUAGCCGAGGCCAACGAGCUCAACUUCCCCACGGAGCCGCUGUCCAAGGAGCGGGCCCAGAAGCUGGAGGCCAUGUCGCGGGUGAUGCAGGACAAGGUCACCGCCGAGGCGCUGAAGAACGGGAUCAAGAAGUGGUCCUCCAUGGACAACAUCAGCCAGGGCGGGCCGCGACGCAGCGUGGCCAUACUAUCGUGAUUUAUAUUAGCUUACUAAAACAGAACAACCAUCAGCAGCAAUGAGUCAAGAAAUCUGUAUUCUGUAGGUAGUCCGUAGUCCGAUCGAUCGUAACUUGAGAACCGUAGCUCCCCUAUAAUUCGGAUUAAUUUCGUAGGCCACCCGGUUGAAUAAACUUUGCGGGAGGGUUUUUAGCCAGCACUCUAAAGGAACACCCACGCCCACACAUAGUAUGUGCAGAAUCACACUCUUAUAUAUACACAAAAACGUUUUAACCACACGUCUCGAAUUAAGGACCACUUUUUACAUAUACAUGCGAACGAUGUAUAUUCUUGUAAGCGAAACUACCGAUGCAGUCAAGGAUUUGGAGGAUUUUAACAGAGAUACAGAAGUACUACAGCAACGCGUAACCAAUUGCCAAACGAAAAAUCACAGAAACAGUAAUGAAUUGUUUGUAAAAAGGCUUAAAUAUUGUAAUGGACUCGGCCACCCUGCUGGCAUCCAAUCAAUUUAAUCUCAACGGUUGGCCUCGGCUGAGAAAUCGUCAUUUACUUAGCGUCCGCGCCCAGAACAUUUCCCUGUACAUUUGUUACGAAUUUAAUUUGUUUACUUUGCCCAAUUCUAAUAUCUUAAUAUGAUUUCGUGUGAUUCUUAUAGUUUCCAUUUAGCUUUAUACGAUGAACAAUAUUCGGCUUCCCCGCAUCAGGCUUAAGGCACAAAUGAAGGGGCGCGGCCUGCGGCAGGUUGAUUUGUUUUUUGGUUUUUAGCAUUAGAAAACAAACAGAAGAUGAGCAAGAAAGAGCACAGCGCAAUAUUAACCCAAAAGAUUUGUGAGUAAAUUAAUGUACUAGACAUAUAAGGAUACGAAUUAUAUGCAAAAUGUAUUUUAUUUUGUAAUUUAUUUUACGAUAAAGCUAAAUAAAAGCAAAUCAAAGAAAA